CUGGGACUGAGGCGCGCACUGAUGACGCAGUUACGCACAACGGGAAGUGACGUCACAGCGGCGCGCCCGGCAGGAACCGACACACGUGGGUGCAGCCGGACAGGAGAGGAGACAAUGCUGCGCCUGGGGUCCUCCGGCCUGGCACUCACCGGGAGCAGCCGGGUACUGGGGCACCGAGCCGGGAGCGAGUGCCCCCCCUUCCACUUGGAUUGCAGUUCUUUGGAGAAGCAGAGCGCAGCCCCAGGACAGGAGGGCUCAGUGGACCCUCAGGGGUCGGAUAAGAUCCUCGCUGCUGCCUUCUCACCCUCGGGGGAAUAUUUUGCCCUCACAGAUGAUAACAAGAGGCUGAUUCUGUUUCAGACCAAACCUGCGUGGGAGACUAUCAGUGUGAGGUGGGUGUCCCGGCGCUGUACGGCUCUCACCUUCUCCCCCUGUGGGGCCCAUAUUCUGGUGGCGGAUAAAUCCGGAGAUGUUUUCUCGUUCUCGGUGCGGCGGAGUCGGGAGGCGGGGCGCCUGGAGCUGGGACAUCUCUCCAUGUUGCUGGAUGUGGCCGUCAGUCCGGAUGGGAAUCACAUAAUAACCUGCGACCGGGACGAGAAGAUCCGAGUGAGCCGCUGGGACUCCCCCCAUGUCAUCAUGUCCUUCUGCCUGGGGCACACAGAGUUUGUGUCACAGCUUCUGCCCCUCCCUGGGGCAGAUAAACUGCUCCUCUCUGGAUCUGGGGAUGGGACUCUGCGGCUCUGGGACUAUGAGUCUGGGAGAGAAGUUCAGAGUGUGACCCUGAGUGGCCUCGACUUGGGAAUGGAGCGUCAGGAGAACAAGAGAUUUACUGUCUCCAGAAUCAGCUGCUGCGCCUGCAAUGGAAUCCAACUGGCCAUGUUGUGUGAGGGGGUUCCGGGUAUAUUCCUGUUCUCUGUGGCCCCCGGGCCGCGCCUCACACUCACACAGUAUGUAGCGCUCACUCACACUCCCCUAGACCUGGACUUCGAUGGCUCCGCCUACCUGUGGGUUCUGUCGGGCGACUGGGAGGAGCCACUGCUGAAGUAUAAAGAGCUGAAUGGGCAAUGGCAGUCAGUUGUGAAUGAUGAAGAAGUAACGAGGCUCAGUGGGUUUAUCCGGGAGAAUUGGGCAGAUCUGGAAGGCGCCGGGGCCCCUGAGAACCGAUUCGCCGUGCUGUACAAGGCAGUGGUGGAUAACAUGGCCACUUACCUACAGAAGAAGGAGCUACGGUUGGAGAAUGAAAAGCGCAAAACCACCGAGGGGCAAGUGGCUCCGGCCAGCAAAGUGCAGAAAACCGAGUGUUAGCAGUGCGACAAGCCUACAGUCACUGUGUGCAAUCCUGCCCCUUGUGCCUGACCUGGGAACUGCCCCGGGGGGGUGAUAGUGGCCUUUGGGGAGUCAGGAGGGGUCCAGCCUGAUGGAGUCUCUGUACUUGGAGCUGUGUAUGGGGCGGAGCCCAAAGUACCAGGCCACGCCCAUGUCAGUGACGCCACAAUCAGAGCUUUUGUUCCACAGCUUGCAGUCACCUGACCAUUGAGGCCCCCCAGGAGGGGAGUGUGGGCGGGUCCCAAGGAUGAUCAUAGGGCCAAUGUAACAUGUGACCCAUUGUGAUGUCUAUAGGAGGUUCUGCAGAUUCAGUUCAUGGCCCGGGGGGGGGGGGGGCGGGGCAAUGUGUAUUUUCUUUAAUAAAACUUUCACUCACG